AUGACAUUAAAAAGAUUUUGCCGUCUUUGUGCUGUUAAAUGUCCACUGUCAUCUAUAAAAAGCAAAGAAGAUUUACAAAACGAACAAUUAGACAAACUUAUUUUGCAACAUUUACACAUUAAAAUAGAAGAUGGAUAUCCAAACACAGCUUGUAAACUAUGCUGCAAAACUAUUUCCAAUUUUCAUAAAUUACUUACGGGAAUAAAGACAGCUCAACAAAAGUUAAGUAAUAUUUUCUCAGAUUCCAAAAAUUUAGAUAUAAAGUUAGAGGAUGAAGAACAAUCCAAAAUACUGGAUAAAAACAGUGAUGAAAUAAAUUUAGAUCUCGAAGAAUAUAAAGAAACUGAUGCCACUGACAAUGUUAAAACUGAAAUAGACGAUCAUAACAAUGACGAUUAUUACGAUAUUGAUCACUUUUUAAAUUUAAAAGAUGAAACACCCGAUUUUGAUUCAUCUAUAGCGAAACCAGGCAAUGAAGUAUCAGAAACAGAAAAAUUAAAUAUUGACACAACUAACGAUGAGAACUUACAAAAAAGUUCAGAUAGUAAUUUAAAGAAAAAUCAACGUAAAAUCCAUUGGCGAUGUUAUAAGUGUAAAAAACGAUUACGAAACGCUGAAUCUUUGCAAGAUCAUUUUCAAGAAGUACAUAAAUCUAAAGUGGAAUACGUUUGUGUUGAGUGUCAAGCAUUAUUUAAAGAUUUAAGUGAAUUUAAGGAUCAUUAUUAUAGUCAUGAUAUUGUAAAAAAAUCAAAAAAGUAUCCAUUUAAUUACACGUGCGAAACUUGUGGAAAACAGUUCUAUGAAGCUAAAAAUUACAAAGAACAUCGUGAUAUGCAUUUAGGAAUCAAAAGAUUUGAGUGCGAAAUAUGUGGCAAAAAUUUUGCUAAAAAACAACAUAAGGAAAUUCAUAAACUAAGAGUUUGCUCAAAAUCGAAAAAAAUUAAUACCGUGGAUGAGUUGAUUAAGGAUGAAAUAUCAGAUAAUAACCAAGAACCGAAAUGGAAAUGUAAUAAAUGUGAUAAAGGUUUUGAAACUGUGCAUUAUUAUCAAAAACAUUUAAAAAAGGCUCAUGACGUCACAACCAAUGAUUUAAUUUGUACAGUUUGCGAUGAAUUAUUUGAGAGUAAUGAGUUAUACGAUGAACAUUUGAAAAAGGUACAUGAUAUUGAUGACGGCAUUCAAACUGGAUCCAAUUAUGAGUGCAAAAAGUGUUCAAAACACUUUCGACAUAAAUACUCGUACUUAGCACAUACACUUACUCAUACGGGAGUAAAACGUUUUUCUUGUAAAGAAUGCGGUAGUAAAUUUUAUUUAAAACAACAUUUAAUAGCACAUUCAUUAACACAUUUAGAAACUGUAAAUUCUAGCGAACGGAAAUUUAUGAAUAUUGAAACUUUAACGGAACAUCAAAAACAAGGACAUAAUAGUGAAGAAGUGAUUUGUGAUCAAUGUGGUAAAGUUCUUAAAGAUAAGUAUCGUUUAACACAACAUUUAAGUAGUCAUAUAGACGGUAUAAAGUUCACUUGUGAUCAGUGUCCAAAAGAAUUUAAAAGUACAGCGGCCUUAAAAUUGCAUCAAAAGAAACAUGGAGAAAAGCAGCACGGAUGUGAAGUUUGUGGAAGAAAAUUUAGUUUACGCUCACAAUUAAGAGUUCACGCAACAAUACAUACAGGACAAUUACCAUAUGAGUGUAGUUAUUGCAAAAAGCAAUUCCGAACAAAAUAUCAUUUGACUGUUCAUUUACGACAACAUACCGGGGAACGACCGUAUUCUUGUACCGAAUGUAAUCACUAUUUUGCAAAUGAUUCAAAUUUUAUAAAACAUUUAAAAGGGCGUCAUGGAUUAAAGAAUUUUUCUAUUGUAAAUAAACAUCGUUACCCAUUCGAUGAUUGA